AUGGCGUCAAUAGACAGCGGCAGUGUUUUACCCCCCCCAAGAUAUGCUUCACAUGAAUUUGCUCCACCGUAUCUGCAGUGUUCAAGUGGGAUGGCAAAUAAUGUUACAACAUCGGCAGAGGGUCAGACUUCUUCGCCACGUUGUGGUAACUCGAUGAAGCCAGUUGGCUCGGUUUCUUUAGCGUCAAUGAACCAUACGCCAACCCCGUCGCCUAGUUAUCCUGUUACAAAUUCUUGGCCAAGUUUUGAUGGAAAAAGCGGUGUAGGGAUCUCCUCAAAUGAACAAAAAGUCAUGAAUGCAUCAUCAGUUGAUAAUGCAGAGAAGCGGCAGCGGAAACCUGGAAUAUGCGUUUUUACGUCAAAAAUGGCAAAUGACGCCUACGAUUCUAUUCAGCAGUGUCGGUAUGAAUCGAUAUUAGCUUGGCAUGAGGCUAAUUGUCGUCCAAGUACGUCAACAGCUGACAACUCUUCCCCUACAAGGUUUGAUGGGAAGAGAAAAAGCACCGAUAAUGUGGGAAGGACUCCUGAUGGUGCUGUUCAUUCCACUGCCGGAGAAUCUCCGAAGGUGAAAAAGCAGACGUCUGAAAGCGGUAACAGAGUGUUAGGUGGUGAGCAUAUGGCGGUUCCUGUAGUUUCAUCAUCCUCUGAAAUGCUUGUAAACGAAGAUGCUGAAACAACUGCAGCUUCUGAUAAUCCGUUACGACGUAUGGAAAGAAUGGCCAGGGAUUCUUCAUUUGAACCUCCUCCUCUUAAAACUUCACGUGGGGCUAGUAGUGAAAAUGACCCCUCCGCGAGGAAGACAGAGGACGACGAACCUGACCGGGAGUCGAAAUUAGCGAAGUUAAAGAACUUUGAAAAACAAUUAAUGAACAGUAAAACACGGCUACCGCAGCCUCAGUGUUCACAGGUUCAGUGGGAUCGUAUGAUGCAGGACCAAGAAGCAAUAAAAAUGCAGCCUGGUGGUUACUCUCAGCAAAUGGGACCAGGUUACGGUUCUCAAGGAGUGAUAAGUGGUCCACCACCAUAUCAAAUACCAGGGCAUGGUAUGCCACCCAAUAUGCAUCCUGCCUUUCGACGAGCACCUUUUAUGGGCCCAAUUUCUCCGCAAGUGAUGUCCCCUGUUCCACCUACAAAUGGCCCUGUAAUGGACGUAAUGGGUGCUCCUGGUAUGCCAAUGCCACAGGGUAUGCGGCCAUCGCUAAAUCCGCCUCCAUAUAACAUGCAGAUGACUCCAGAGGGCUAUAUCCCAUUUGAGUUUGCGCAGUCUUCUUUCUCAUCUCAAGCAUACCCGAUGAGUAUGCCUUCAAAUGUUUCUCCAGCGUAUUCUUCAAUGUUUCCUGCUGUAAAUGGAGCCCCUGUGCCACCACGAGGAUAUUCAAUGUACUCUCAAGGAUCUCGUUCAAUGUAUGGUCCUGAUAAAGUUUUACCGGAUAUGUGGGGUCAGCAGCUGCCGCAGCCCUUAAGUAAUUUAGAAGCACGUGUUCCAAAUCAGAAAAUUCAGUAUCAUCCGGCAAAAACUUGGCUGAAAUCUUUACCUGCAAAUAUCAAUUGA